AUGUCAAGUUCAAGUUUAUCUAACACUCUGUUUGCAGAUUUUCUGAAGCCAUAUCACAAUGUAUUCAUUUUCCCACAAGAUAAUACCUAUGAUAGCAAUUUUGGAUGUCAUUGCACUUUGCAUCCAAACCUGAGGACAUCCAAUGAUCGAACUAAGUCUUUGGGCGAACUGAUCCCCGGCAUAAGAAAUGAGAUAUAUCCGGUUGCUUCAGCUUUCGGGGAACCAAUAUUUUUCUCACUGGAACGAGCUGCUGCACCAUACUUUGGGAUAAAGUUGUGCUAUUCAGCUUAUGGAGUUCAAAUGAAUGGCUAUCUUGAGAAAGAUGAGCAGAAAUUUCUAUCGAUAGGGAAGAGAAGUGAACAAAAAUCCACCUAUCCUGGAAUGCUGGAUAAUUUAGUUGCUGGGGGAUUGCCACAUGGUAUUUCUUGUGGAGAAAAUCUUAUUAAGGAAUGUAAAGAGGAGGCAGGGAUACCAAGAUCUAUAUCCCAUAAAGCUAUGCCAGUUGGAGCUGUGUCCUACAUUGACAUAGAAGGAUAUAGGAUGAAGAGAGACGUCCUCUUUUGUUAUGAUCUUAAGCUUCCUGACGGCUUCAUUCCUCAUAAUGAGGGUAAACCUACUAAAUUUUCAAGUUGCAUGCAAGCACUAAAUUGA